AUGCAGAGUAUACUGAGCUCGCGCAGCAAGGUAGGGAGUGAGCUCUUCACGAACAGAACAGAGCACAGCUUCGGUGCUGAGUCUCUGCAAUUCGGUGUCCAGCACAGCAAUGACAAGGAGACGCCAUGCGUGUGUCUCGGUGAUGUGCUGUCAUUGUACUUCGACGACCUGGGUAGCUGCAUAUCUUCCGAUGGCUUUGUAGACGAGGACUGCGAAGUACCUAAACUCUCCGUUAUGGACUCGUUGAGAGUGGAUGGGACCCUUUUCCGGGUCGUUGCAAAGCAGCUGUACACGUUCCAGAAGAAGCUGAACAGCAAGGUGAAGAAGAUCAUACAGACGACGCACCCUGUAGGAGGCGAUGAGGUACUGAACUUCGAGGAGGUGCUUCCGGAAGAGAGGCAUUUCCUAGAAAAGCUGAAUGCUGAGGCCGAGGCUGAAAAGAACCACAACAUGUCUGAGUGCACGAGGACUCUUGGUGCGAUCGUCAACUACGGGCAGGUGAUACAACUCCAGCACCUCAAGAGCGGCAAGUUCCUCGCAAUCAAACCUAAGGAGGUAGCGGAGAUAGAUAGCAACUGCCACAGGGUAGUGUUGACAGAUCAAGGUAGCCAGGAGGUCUGGUGGAUCCUUGAGCCUCGAUACAAGCUGCAGAACACGAUAGAGUCGAUCAACUACGGUGACUCGAUCUGUCUGGCGUCCGUGAAAGUGUCUGGGCAGUACUUGCACUGUGCGCAUGAAGUGAAAAGCAACGUGAUAUCUUCUGGGACGGCCCUGAGCAAGUAUGAAGUCAACGCCUCCGAUGUGAGAAUAUCCUGGAAGCUCAAGCUCUACACGAGCUGGCAGCCUGGGCUGGAUCAUGUGGUGAAGGGUGGAGACCUGCUGCAAAUCUCACAUGUGGAGAGCGAAUCUUACCUUUCGUACGGGAUGGAGAAGUCGGGGCUGUGUCUGGACAAGUCAAAGCAUCUCAAGAUCGCCAAGGGGUACACGAAGAAGAGGGAGCACAUCGACGUCUACUCGUUGUGGCAGAUCGAGCAGCCAGAAUGUGGCGACGGGGGGUUCUUUCAGUUCGGCGGGUCUUUUCGGCUAAGGCACAUAGCUACCAACACUUACCUUGCAGUUCGGAGGAUUCGAGAUGAAGGUGUGCCAUCUAUGAUCUCAGAACCGAUCCCACAGACUCUCUUCAAGAUCCACAAUGCAGGACAGUUCGCCUCCAACACGAUCGUGUGGGACACGAUCGCCUACCUCCAGUGUACCAGCUCGAGUGGAUUUCUUCACCCUGAGCCGGACUCGCACAAGAAGAACAUAAUGCAGCUGCAGACUGGGAGGGAGGCUUCAAUGUGCGACACGUUCCGCCUCAAUCGUGUAGACCCGGUGAUCGCCUCGGUCUUCUACGAGAUUGAAAGCUAUAGAAACGUGCUCCUCUCCCUCCUCCCACCUGACUUCGGGAAUGACAGCUCGGAUUUUUUCUUGAACAAUCUUGAUAGGGCAAUGUACAGAACCUUUGUGAAGACCUUGAAGGGGAUAGAAACGUUCUGUUCUUUCCGUCGUAACCAUGCAAACACUGUCGUCUCAACAUCUUUCCGCCUCGAGAGUGUGCAGCUGUCGUGGGCGAACGCCGUCACCAACAUCGUUCUUCGGCAGCUGUUUGUUCAUGAGAUGGGAGUGCUACAGCUUGUCAUCAAGAUGACAAACUCUUUGCAAAAGGCGAUCAAGAACCUGUCAAAUGAUCCUGAUCAGUCGAUGCUUCUGUCUGCCAGUCCACGUGGUGCUCUCAAGAGCUUCCGUGACAGUGUUCUGCAAACUCCAGGGCGGGAGGCGACUUACUCCAAGUACCAGCACAUCAUCCACCUGUUUCAGUUGUCUCAUCGCGCACUCUCGGCCUCGUUGAGCAACAACAAAGAGACUGUGAAUGCUCUCGGUGACGACAUGUUGCUCAUCAUGCAGCAACUUUCGUUGGACCCUCGGUUUGCGAAGUAUGUUCUGCAAACAGUCACGACGAUCUUAUCGGCCAAAUCCCAUUUUGUUGAGCUUAUGAAUCCAUCCAUCUUGGAGCACGUGCUUACGUCCAUAGACACGCACACCACAGACCGUCCUGUCUACGUCGACCUCCUUUCGCAGUUUUUGAAGAAUCAGAAUCGUGGGAUUGCGAGGAAUCAAUGUUUGGUUCUUAAGCGGUUUAUCAUGGACAAGAGGAGGAGACAGUAUCUCUACGAGACGUUCUCUCCUGAUCAAGGGAUCAUCAUGAUCAAGAACUGUAUUGAUCCGAAGCAGAAGGAUGUGACGGCCAAGACUUACGACCUUGAGGCCCUGGCAGCAGGAGCUGACGAUGAUGUCUUGAGGAUGUACACCUCGACAGUGGAGCUCUUGGAUGCUCUUUGUACAGGAGACAACCAUGCGUCUCGUGUCAUGAUAACGGGAGGAGUGUACAGAUUUGCAGACUUCAGCACAAUCAUGCAGUGCAUUGGGAACGAGCGGCUUCCGUACAACCUGAGGACUCUCUACUCGCGCCUGAUGAAUCACCUGUACUUCAAACCGAACCUCGUCUGCAGUGAAACAACAUUGAAGACAGUGUUCACCAUCGAAGAUCUCGGAGCCGAUCCGUUUGCCGUGUUUGACAUCGAGGAGAAAUACGCCGACAUGCAUCGGGAGCUGAAGCGAGAACUGCUGGCGCUGUUCGGCAACCAUUCCUCCUUCUUUGUCCCAGAGGUUGAGAAGGGUUCCAAUGAGUUCUCCAUGAGUCUUAUCCAGCUCUGCUACUCGCUCAUCACUAACGGAGCCUUCCGGUCGGAGUCGGAGAUCCAGCAGGAGCUCGUUCCUGUCCUCAUCUGCCUCCUGGAGCCUUCGACAGAUGAGGUGAAGCAAUCGGAGAUGAAGAACACUUUCUCCAAGUUCGCUCCGGUGGGGCCUGACAGUCAGGAGCUCGCCAUGGAGCUGGUGGCAAAGUGCAAGGCCGUCCUGUGCGACAUGCUCCUGUUCUUGUUCAAACUGCAAGUCGCAGUGAGGACCCGCAAACUUCUCGCCAUCUGCCAUGAGUUGACUCCCUUCACCACCUCUGCCAACACAAGAAGGAUGUCCUGCUCUGACCCGAGGAUCUCGGCGAGGAGCUCCAAGAACACCCUGCUUAAGAGGAGGGCGAGCAGCUUCAUUUGGUUCAACACGUUCAAACCUGGCGAAUCAACCAUGGAAGCCGAUCCUUGUCACCAGCUGCUUGAGAAGAUGAGAGAUGUAAAGGAGCGCCUCAGCAGGAUACUCGUGGAGCUCUGGAAGUAUAAGGACCCGCAGCUUGCUUUCAAAACUUUCCAAGUCCUCCUCCGCUGCAACUCCCCGACUCUCGAUCUUUACCUCCAGAUAUUUGACGUUCAGGUGCUGUCACAAGACACUUCGAUGAGAGACUACAAGAUGGCGACAAGUUUGUUUCAAGACCUCAAGCGAAUGUUCCCUGCCUUCCGCCUCCUUGCGUUGCCUAACAACGACUUGAACUUCUUCGACGCAUCGCAACGAUCUCAGUUCGUCUCCUGCAUCACAUCUCUUGCCGACAUGUGCAAGAUACGAGGAACUAUCGCUGAGUUCGAGAGUCAGAGGUUCACCAAUCAACAAAUGUUGAGGCGUCUCGGAGUACAUACUUUCAUCCUGGAUGUGAUCAAGUCGUUGAUCUUGCCACAUGAGCAACACUCAGAAGACUUUGUCAAGAGAAUCGAGCAUGGGUCCACCUUUUACGAACCUGCUGUCCGUUCCUGGAUAGUUGACGAGUUGCUACCUGCUUGCUUUAGCUUCAUCGAGUUCUUCUCCAGUGGGAUGAAACGGAAUCAGCAUUUCUGGGGAGACCAUACACGUCUGCUGUCGAGGUUUUUCCGUGCUGGAAUAUCCGUAGCUGGAGCCCUUUCAGGGAUCUUUUGUGGAAAUGAGAAACUUUGUCAGAGGCUGGACUUGAACAUCAUAGAUGAAGUCCUGAGGUUCAUCUCAAACGAGAGCAACAAAGACGAGCAGGGUAGAGAUGAGAAGAACUACUCGUCUCACAUAUCUUGCGUCCACUUCCUUGAAGUUGCCUUCAUGGUGGACGGGAAAGUUGUUCGACGCACUCAGGCGUACAUCUUGCAAUCUUUGUCAGGGACUGUGAAGCAUGAAGAGGAUGGUGGGCGUGAGGAAGCGCAGGAAGGAAGUGCUCCUUUUGGAGAGGACGCAAACAGGCCGCUGGUGCUGUUUCGAGGUGAGCGGGAACCGUUUCUCAAGAGGUCAAGAUCCAAGUUAGACAAGGCGAAGCUGCAACCCAACAACAACAUCGUGGAGUACAACAUGUCGAUCCUCCGUUUGCUGCGAUUUCUUGCCACGGAUGCCGGACCCGGUGACAUGUCCAUCAUCCGUAGCAUCCUUCCAGUGGACAGGCUGGUUCAAGACAUCACAGGGAAUUACUGCAUUUCCCGAGCCAAAGGAGAAAUGCUCCAUCUAUUUCGCAUCAUCUACCUACAGAAUCACUCGGACACGAGGUGCUAUGGCUUCACUUACAGCCUCAGCUUGUGGUCCAUCCUCCACCACCUCUCCCAGCUCCUCCAGCGCUGUGACCCCUUCUCCCUCCUCACCGUCCCCGACCGCUCCCACGGAGGAGACACUUUCAACAGCCUGACAGACUCUGAUGUGGUGAUGAUGGAGCUGGAGAUGCUGUUUGCCGACCACUGGGUGCCUAUCUUGGACGUCUUGAUGGACGAGCCGAUCUUGUGGUACUCGCUGACUGAUCAGGCUCGGGUCGAUGUUGAGAUCAUUUUUUGCAAACUUGCCAAGAUGCUCGAAGUAGCUGAUGUGCAGAAACAGAACCUUCUGAAAGCACACAAGUACGAGGAAACUCCUGAGAUCGUUCAAGAGUUUCGUGACCUCAUCGAGAGUCUGGGUGCCAAGCUCGCAUCCCACAAGAACCUCCCGUUCGCUCUCCCCAAAAUCUUCCGGAACCAGACGGACAAGGAUAAGAUCAGGUCGACUCUUUCUGCUAGGAGCCAGCGAAGGCGCUCCAACAUCCCCAAGUACGUCUUCCGUGUUGCCGAGGAGCCUCUGGAGUCACUUCACUGCAACAACACCAUCACCAUCUUCGGCAAGGCCUUCAAGGAGAUCUUUGAUCAGCCCGACAACUCCACCCAUAAUGAGCAGGAGGAGGAGGAGGAGGAGGAGGAUGCUUGUUCCCACGCCUCUUCCCACGACGAGCUACGGGGGGCAGACGAUCAAAGCUCGAAGGCCGUGCAGCUGUCGUCCCGACGGAGGCAGGAGAUCUUGGAGCUCUGCAAGAUCUUCUACUACUCCCAGCUAGGGCCCAGGACGAUCCACGAGGGGCAGGUGGAGGAUCUGGUGGAGAUUCUCAUCUCCUACUUCAACCCCAACAGGCUGCAGUGGGAGAGAGACGUGCUGGAGGGCCUCGAAGUGCUCAGGCAGCUGGCAGACCAGUGGCAGCAUGCGAUCACAGAGCAGAGGCCGCCGGGGUGGCUGCUGAAGGGCAUCCCCAGGCUGAUCAUCGAGAUGGUCAGCAGGGAGGACAGCGGCGAUCGAGUCUUCUUCUCCUGCCUCGGACUUGCCAUCACAGUCCUCAACAUAUCUCCGCAGAAGCCGAUUCAAGACAGUUUCUUUGCUAUCUUCACCUCUUCGAGCUCAGAAUCUUUUCAAUUCCUCAACCAGCUUUUCCUCCGAAUGCAGCAGGGCGAACAGGAAACAAAACUCCUCAUGCGCACAUGGCAGGAAAUGCUGCAGACUGACAAGAGCGCUCUCAAAGACUAUGACUCCUUCCUUGCUCGGCUAGGGAACGUGGUCGACUAUAGCGAUCGCAGCUUGCACGCCAUUCUCUUGCGAGGCUUUGUCGACUGGGAUCGGAGCAACAGCCACGUUGACUCGGUCUUCCGCUUCCUCCACGCCCUCUGCGAAGGUCACAACGGCAAACUGCAGAACUUCCUGCGCUUUCAAGCAGGAAAUGUCCGCAGCAUCGACAUGGUGACUUCCGUCGCCGACUUCAUCGUCUUGAGCAGCGGCUACAUCAACCCGCUGAACAUCGAGAUCGUCAAGACUGCGAUCCUGGCGCUGGCAGAGAUGAUCCAACAACCAUGUCGUCCGAAUCAGAAGGCUGUUUGCGAGACACCUAUCUGCACUUCCGCUAACAACAUCCUCAACAUGACAGCCGAGCAUUAUGUCAGUCACUAUCAGGCAUUGAAGCAUAUCAAGCCUUCUGAAUCUGAUUUCGAGAAAUAUAUCGACGAGGCCGUAGCAUGUUUUGACAAGAAGAUAUAUGAUCUCAAAGCUUCUACUAUCACUGUGAGAUUGAUACAAAACAUGAAUGAUCUUCUGUUCGUGUACAAUCCUACCUUAGUCUACGAACUCGAAGAUAAGGGAAAGAUAGAAGCAUGGCAGAUCCCGGCUGCGCCUCCCAUCGGUGAUGACUCGAAAGUAGCAGAACAAGAGGCAGAGCAAGUUGCAGAGCAAUUUUACAUCACCUACAUCACUCUCAGUCAGUUCGAUGAAUCCGGAAGUCUGAAUGCAAAGCUGUCGCCCGAUUACAUCUGGGACUAUGUAAACUUGAAGUCAAAGAUCGGAGUGAUAGAGAUCUCGCGCAAGGGAGUGCUUGAGCGAGCAUACUUCACCAUCCCCAAGUCCUGCAGCUACCUUACCAGUGCAUCAAAACACGAUCUGCUGCUGAGUGUCAACAGAGCAAACCUGCAGACCCAGUUGACGGACUUCAGUGAACGAUUCGAUUCGCUGUAUUCGGAGAUGCAGCAUCAGCAGAAGUUGACAAGAAAUCAGAUUUUGAACUUCUUUCGACUGACUUCUGGAUUGAGAGAAAAGACUUUCUUUCUCAACGCUGUCAUUAUCAACGUUCUCUUGCUUCUAUUCUACAAUUAUGAAUGUCGAGGGAGCUUCACUUGUGGGGAUAACGAGCCUCUCACCUACUUUCGCAUCAGACCAGGAUGGGACGUGCUAGUGAAUGUCCUUGCAUACAUUCAGUGCAUCCUCGCCUUCACAAGGCAGUGGUGGUAUGUCAUUGAAAGAGGUGUUCCUCGUGCAAGAGAGAAGAUGAUGGAGAGCGAUGUCAAGACAAGGAGAUCGUUGUUCUCGUCGUUCAUCAAGAUGAUUUUACCGGAUCAUUUCGAUUCAGUCUUCUUCCACCUCACUCUUUCCAACCAAGGCAAUCGGAGCACAAUAAAUCGAGUUCUCCUGAUCCAGUUCCUCUACAUCUUAACAGACCUUCAGUUCUGGAUGAUCACUGUCAUGACAAUAACAAACAUACUGGCCCUUGCUUACCCGCAUAACGGGAACAAACUCUUCUUGGUGGUACAUCUCUUUGAGAUCUUCAAUCGUUCUCGAGUUCUCCAGAAUGUCAUGAAGUCAAUCACAUUCCGGGCGAACACUCUAUUGCAAACCGCCGGGCUCGCUUUCAUCUUCAUUUACUUCUUCGGAGUCUCCGGCUUCUACUUCUUCCCGGAGCUCUUCCAGUUUGCUGAGGCAGAUGUCAUGGGAGGAAGAAAACUCGAGCCGAACAACAAUGGAGCGAGAUGUACAUCAGUAUGGAAAUGCACACUUGUAGUACUUGACAUGGGGUUGCGAAAGGGUGAUCUUGGAGAGGCCAUGGACGACAUUCCAUGGAAGCUUCAGUCCAACGAAUCGGACAAAUAUCGAAUUCUCUACCGCAUGUUAUAUACUCUCCUUUUCUUCAUCAUCGUCACCACUAUUCUGAUGAACAUCAUCUUUGGUGUGAUCAUUGAUACGUUCGCCGAGCUGCGCGCAAGGAAAGAUGAGAUCGAUCGGGAUGUAUCAGGCAAAUGUUUCAUCUGCGGGAUCGACCGAUUCAUCUUCGAUCAGCACGGGGAGGGAGCGAGUGGAUUCCAGGAGCACAUUGAGGAGGAACACAACAUGUGGAAGUAUCUUUACUUCCAGGUUUAUUUGAGGGAAAAGCAGUAUGACGAAUAUUCGGGAGGAGAGUCUUAUGUGUUCAGCCGCACACUGGAGCUUGCAAGAGAUCCUGCAACCCAUCUCAAGUUGAUAGACAAGGAGACUGGCGUCGAGCUCAAGAGGCCAAGGGGGCAGGUCGACCUGCACUGGUUCCCACAGAAGGCGGCGAUGCGGCUGAAGAGCAAGAAGAAGGAGCUGAAGGAUGUGGUUCAGGAGAAGAUAAAGACGAUACAGGAGGAGAACAAGUUGCAAGCGAAGAGGUUGGACAAGAGCAUGGAUGACGCGCUCUUCUUGCUCUCGCCGACAAUCUGACAUCCACCAAGAGAUUUCAUUACCAAAGACAAACAUUCAAACAC